UACGCUUAUGCCUUUAUAAAGACACAAGUUUUUGUGACGUACUAAUUAUUUUUAAAACCAAGUGUACAUCUGGUAUAUAAACCCUCAAAUGCUUUACAUGUAAAUGUACAUCUAUAUAUUUUAUGUGACACCAUGUUUGAAUCAAGGAAGUUAAAUUUAUAAGAUAAGAUUGCCCGAACAAGAGAUUUUUAAACCCCCUGUUGAUAGACUGCGGUCUAGGUCGCCAGAGUAGAAAUAUCAAUUUUAGUCAACGAGGAAGUAAAUCGCGUUUGUGUUAGAAAAAAACAACAGUCAAAAAGACAGCUCUACUGUGCUACUAGUGUACUCACUGAAUACAUGUCGACAUGGGAUGUCGUGAAUCAAAGGAAAGGAAGGAACCCGGGGACUUCACAAAUAUUAAUGGUGAACAAAGUGGACAGGUGAAACCAUCAUCGGAUGGAAUAGAUAAUCCCGUCAAAUCCGAUUCAGAGCCAAAUUCUGCACAAGGCGGUAAAGGGACGCUAAGGGCGCUGUAUGACUAUGAGGCCAGGGCGGAUGGAGAUCUACCCUUUAAGAAAGGUGAUCGCCUUACCUUGUUGGAUGACAGUAAUCCUGAUUGGUGGUUCGCACGAAAAACAACAUCGGGAGGGGACAAAGACGAGGGUUACGUCCCCUCCAACUAUGUGGCAACAGAGGAUACCUUGGAAACAUACGAAUGGUUUGUUGGGAAGAUUUCCAGGAAAGAAUCAGAGAGACAGUUAUUAAGUCCAGAAAAUGCAUUAGGGUCUUAUCUGAUUCGAGAGAGCGAGACGGCACCAGGAAACUAUGUGCUUUGCGUCCGGAGUUUCCAAGAAGGAAAAGGUGAUGUGGUAAAACAUUACAAAAUCAAACCACUGGAUGACAACAAAGGCUUUUUCAUCACUGCACGAAGAACGCUGCCCAGUCUUCAGGACCUGAUAAACCAUUACACUGAAUCUGCGGAUGGAUUGGGACAAAAAUUAGAGAAACCUUGUGGAAAGUCAAAACCAGUCAUAGCUCUGAGCAAAGACGCAUGGGAAAUAGAUCGGGAAUCUCUAGAACUAUCGAAACGCUUAGGGGCGGGGCAAUUUGGAGAAGUUUGGAGAGGAAAAUGGAAUAAAACGACGGACGUUGCGGUGAAGACCCUGAAGCCAGGGACGAUGUCUAUCGAAGCGUUCCUCCUGGAAGCCACGAUCAUGAAAAAAUGCAAACACGACAAAUUAGUGCGACUUUAUGCCGUGUGUACAGACAAAGAACCCAUCUACAUUGUGACAGAGCUUAUGUCCAAGGGCAGCCUUCUUGAUUACUUGCGAGGGGACGAAGUCGAUUCUCUCAAGUUCACGCAGCUGGUGGAUAUUGCUGCGCAAGUCGCUAGCGGAAUGGGAUAUUUGGAGGAAAACAAAUUAAUUCACAGAGAUUUAGCGGCCAGAAACGUCUUAGUCGGGGACAACAACUUAGCAAAGGUGGCGGAUUUCGGUUUAGCAAGAUUAAUUGAGGAUGACGAAUAUACCCCCAAAUCCGGUGCUAAGUUUCCCAUAAAGUGGACGGCCCCAGAAGCCGCGCUCUAUGGACGAUACACGAUCAAAUCCGACGUGUGGUCUUACGGAAUCCUGUUGGUGGAAAUUGUGACACGUGGACAAACACCUUAUCCAGGAAUGAUGAACAAAGAAGUUCUAGAACAGGUGGACCGCGGGUAUAGGAUGCCUAAGCCAGCCCACUGUCCAGACUCCAUGUACGAGAUGAUGCUGAAAUGCUGGGACAAGAAGGCCGCCAAUAGACCAACGUUUGAGUACCUGGCUCAGUUCUUUGACGAUUACUUCAUUUCCACUGAGCCCAGUUACAAGGAUGCAGACGACUACUAAUUAGAAGUUCUUAAUUAAAUCACGAUAAACUUUAUUACUUGAUCUACGUAUAGGUGUAUUUACAGGUGGUUUUACACCUACAUGGUUGUUCAUACAUUGACUUGUAUAACUCUGGAGAGAGAAUGAGGGGAGAGAAAAUGAGGAGAGAAAAAGAAAUUAAGUAUAGUUAGUUUCUGUAUAUGUUAGAGAGAGAGAGAGAGAGAGAGAGAGAGAGAGAGAGAGAGAGAGAGAGAAGUUAGUUUAUGUGAGAGAGAGAGAGAGAGAGAGAGAGAGAGAGAGAGAAAGCAUUUUAAUGCUUUUAUUUAAACAACUAUAUAAACAUUUUAGGUGAUAUAUAUGUAUAUUUAAAUGUAUAUUUUAUAGUAUUUUUGUUCACUCAAAUUUUUUUUAUCCAAUUUGAUUUUCUUUUAGUUUCAGUGCAUUGUGUACUAUAGCGCUAUUUUUUCAUGCGAUUUCAUCCAAGUACAUUAGAUAUUUAUUUAAGAGUUAAAUAAAUUCCUGCAACAUGUUUUAAUUUACUAGAGUAGAGCGCCAGUGUGGAGUAUUAAUUGAUAUGAAACGGUUAAUUUCAAAACCGUUACAUAUAUCCUCACCAAAGACUGCAUUACGAAAGGGGGGGGGGGAGGCAGCAAAAGUGAUUUAGAACAGAGGGCAUAGAUACCGAAUACAUACAAAACAGUCGUAGUAACAAGUCAAUACAACUGUGUUGUAAACCCAAAACAAUAUUUGGAUAGACAAAGAAAAUGUUAGGAUUGUUAUAAAUCACUUUUUCAAUGUGUCUUUUUCGUGUGUUUUGGUCUUCUUUCCAACUGAUUUAUGAAAACAGUGCGGUUUGUUUCCCAAAUUAGCUUCUUGUCCAGACCAGACAGUUAACUAAUAGAAAAACAGAAUGUGUACUUUUGUCAGAAAUUAAUCAUGUUAUACUGAUUUCAUCAUUAAUAGCGAGUAGAUUGGAAUGAGUUCAUUGCUGACAUUUAAAAAAAAUAUAGUACAUAUGUACAUGUAGUAUAAUGUGCAAUUUGUUUAGUGGUCUUUGUUUUAUGAUGAGGAGAUUUGUAUGUUUAGGGGUAUAGAUUUUGUACAUUUAUAAUUAUGUAUUUAAAAAAAAGGUUAAAACCACCAUGCAAGACAAAGAUAUAUUUGUUAUUUUUAUAAAGCCAUUGUACAGUUCAUUAUUUUAAUUCUUUUUUUUUAAUAUUGCAAUUGUAUGUAUUUAAUUUGGAAUAAAACGCGUUAAAACUUUG